AUGAAAUAUACUAGGCUUCCCACUCUUCCUGUCUUCACUGAGCCUGGUACUCCUGCAGAAAGCAGGGCAUUCAUAGCCUACAAGGCUGUAGCUGCCACUGCACUCUUCUCUGUUAGCUUUUUCCUAGGCGUGGUUUUUGACAAAGUCGUGGGUGGGAAUAAAGCAUCAGUCGCACAUUGUGGUGACUACGGAUCAAUAAACUCUUUUCCAGAUGGCACCAUCUCUCAAGUCUGCCUCUCAUCUCACGUCAAUCAACGCAUACGCCAUUACCCUGAAUUCGAAGCUCCUCCGCCCGAAUCAGGGCCUGAGCCUGUUUGGGACGCGCUGAUUCCAGAUGGCCUAGGAUAUAUCGUCCAUCCAGACCUUUCGCCCAAUACUACAUCCGUGGUAGCCGUCUUCCACCAGUUACAUUGUCUGUACCUCAUCCGUCGAUCAUACUACACAUCUACCCCCGAUAGCCAAGGCAAGGACUUCGACACCGGCAUCGACCGCCACCCACACGUUGGCCACUGCUUCGACUACCUCCGACAAAGCCUCCUGUGUUCCGCAGACUCAAGUCUCGAACCUACAAACGAGCGGGUAAACGGGAACCCGAGGUGGGGGUUUGACAGGCAGUGUCGCGAUUACGAGGACGUUAGGCGUUGGGCAGAGAAAUGGAGGGCGUUUGAUAUCGAGGGUUCUUUUGUUCCGUUCCAUUUGGAACAUGAUUCAUAA